AUGGCAGUAGUCUCAUCCCAUUCAUGCCUCCUUCACCUAGAAGCCGACUUCUUGCAAGCUCAAUCUGAGACAGUCCGGGCUCUCAGCAACGACAUCUACUUUGCUGCAAAGAUUCUCAACUUAAAAUCCUAUGACAUCGAGGGUCGAAUUGUGAGUCUUAGGAAAGCGGCUUGGGAAGCGAGGUCGAAGUACGGUCGUGGUGGACAUCUCUUGGUUGACGAUCAGAACAAGGAAGAUGGAUACAGAGUCAAGGGCGUCCUGAAGAAUGCGACCACGUUGAUGGAAUUGGCACGGCAAGUCAAGGUCGAGCUGAAGGCCUUGAUCGACAUCAUAUGCGAAGGACAAGAGGUGGAUGAGACCAAUGCUCUGGGCCAAGCGUCGACAGAGCAGAGGAACAUAAACAUCGAAUCUGAGGAGAUCAGGGCCUUGAAAGCGGAUCUGCCCUCCCUUGAGGAAGAGUUGACCACAGAAAUCCAUUGUACCAGGCGAGCGUUCGUCGACUCGAGCGGAUUCAUCCCUGUCAACUCUCGUGCUGUGUCGUCAAAAAUCUCAAUCGAGGAUGCCCUUGAAUCAAACAACAUUUGUCAAUCACAACGUGUCCAACAGGCACGAUUUGCGGAUGAAGAAGCGAUGAUGACAUCCCAAGACUCCAUCUCCGGCCUGAAGAGCAAUGACCUUCCCGCUCAUGGUCGCAAAGUUAGCCGCUUCUCUCGCGUGGGACUGUCGGGAAGACAUGCUGCUUUUGUGAAGUAUAGGGCUCACAACGCCGAGGAUCGUUCCCGGUCUCCAGCAAGCUCUCGCGGAACAGGAAAGAGGGGUACAGAUGACUUGCUUGGUUGGAUCCCGAAGAAGGUUUGCGUCGCACGUCUACCCGUGGAUGAAGGGUUAAGAGAUUUGAUGAUCCACGAGAUACAGAAAAAGCAGCCGGAUCAAGCUUACUAG